AAACGUGUAUGUCGUCAAAUUGAUAACAAACUGAAAUAAUUAGAGUUGCAUUAAAUUUACUAUUUGAUAAAAAAAGUUCAUAAAAGUAAAAUUCUUUACAACUAAAUUAACUGUAAAUAUGUAAUAUUUUCUUCACAUCUUACUAUAAAUAGCAAUGCACCAAGUGAAGUUACAACAAGUUGCUAUUAUUCACCAAAGAACCGCGAUUUUUAUUUCAACAAUUAAAGCAAACAUGAAGUCUAAUAUCAUCUGCUUGACCAUCUUGUCAUUGGCUGUAGCCGGUGUUUUAUCCUGUGAUCCUGAUGGCAAUAAUGAACCUCAGUGUUCUAGAAACAAUUUAAAUAUACCCAUUCGUAACUUCUGGGACCCCACUCACUACUGGUUGUGUAAAUCGGCCGGUGCUUCUGCUGAGUCGGUACGUUGUCCUGAUUCUCAAGGUUUCGAUUCCGCUAAGGGUGAAUGUGUUUCAUUCGAAGAAUGGAAGUGGGUUGAACCAUGUCCAGAAGCCGCUGCUUAAUAAAUAUUAUAUACUUGUAAAAUUUAUUAAAAGAAAAUAGCCAAAUAUAUAUAUAGCAGAUUUUUCCAGCAGUAA